AAUCGUUUAAAAUAUUACUACGCCGUUGCCGAAUGCAAUUCUGUGGAGACGGCGCGCGUCAUAUACAAGACUGUUGACGGGACGUGUUUCAGGAAUGGCGGUAUCAUCGAUUUACGCUACAUUCCUGACCAUAUGGUCUUCGAUGAGACGCCCGAGUCCUCAUGUUCAACUAUUCCUGCGACCUAUACGCGCACCACCGCCGACAAGUUCUUAUCAGCGAACUACAGCAAAACAAAGUUCGAUUGGGAUGACGACCUCGACGAUCGUAAGAAAAAUCUCGAGAAAUUCGCUGAUGCUGACCAAGUUAAAGAUGAUGCCGCUCUCAAUGAAAUUCUUGCGUUUGAAAGUGACGAUGAGGAUGAACUAGAAGGCAAUGAAGACAGCGACGUGAUGGAGUUCACAUCAGAGUUUGAAAGCGUCAGGAGCGAAGACCGAAGCAAGCGCGUGGAGCUCUACAGAGAACUGAUGGCUAACCUGCACACCUACGACCCCGUCAAGGAAGCAGAGCGGCAGUUGCUGCAGAAGGCGUUGGGCGAUGAAGCGGCCGAUGCCAUGGAUUCAAAAGACGAUACACACAUGGAGAUGGAGGUCGAGUUUAGCAGUGACGAAGAAAGCGAUGAAGAGAAGGCUGACAAAAAAUCAAAAUCAACGGAUAAUUUGACGCCGUUCGAGAAGUAUCUUAAGAAGAGAGAUGAUAAACAGAAGCAAAAGAAGAAAGCUAAGAAAGAAGCUAUCACUGGGAAGAAAUUGAUAAUCGAUAAAGAAGAUGAAGAUAUCCCCGAUGACCUCAAAAACGACCCCUUCUUCAGGGAAGAGUUGGCACUGCGGAGAAAAGAAAGGUUGAAGCUCAUGAAGGAGCAUAGAGACGAACAGGACGCUGAGAUGGCGCAAGAGGAGCUAGCUAAGGAAGAAAGAGAAAAAGAGAUGGCGUUGCUGAUGCUCGACGACGACGGCUCGGUGUCGCGAGGUGUGGACAUGAGGGAGCUGGUGCAGCAGGCCAAGCAGGACGCGGGCGGCAAGAAGAAGCUCAGUCGCUGGAAGCUCUCCAAGCUUAAGAUCAAAGAGAAGAGGUUGGCUAAGCAGGGCGUAGUGCUGCAAAGAUCUAGUGUUUUUGCAGCAGAUAUUAACCAAAAUACUUGA